UAUCAGCAGUGCGUCAUCACGUGUUGAUAAACAAACGGAUGCGACGGCUCAAGAGUUAUAUAUUUAUUUUCGUAAGCGAGCUUGACAGCAUGUUAUUUAACCAUCUGAGAGCCUUUUAAUCUCACACGACCCGUUCGGCUGCAAUCUAAUGUUGUGGAUCGAUAUAAAUGACUGAAACCCUCUCACAUCCCCAUUAAAUCCCUCGCAGUUUCCCCUCCAUUAAUGCUGUCUUAUUCCUUGGGUAUUUUUACUCGACACUAUUAAUGCUUUUAGAUGUAAUUGUUAUGUCACACGCACUUCAGACUAUUUAGACAAUUUCAGUGCAAUGAAAAGUAAAGAUUUGGGAAGAAAUGCACUUAACAAGUCUGCUUGGAUUUUAGCUUUGAUAGACCUUCGCUGCAGUGGAUUUAAUGUGACGAAGUGUCUCUGAAAUCACAACGUGAAAAGGUGUAGAGAUGGACAGGCAAGGUGACUUCCUGCAUGAUCAUGCAUUUGUGGAGCUGCAGCUGGAAGGAAUCCCUGGUGAUGUGGAUAUCCAGAACCUGAUCAGAGACACAGAGGAGAAACUUAGACUCAAUGCAUGCAGUAUUGAGCAGAACCUAAAGGAACUGCAGGCCAAGGUUGUUGAGUCCUGCAGUAGCGAGACAGUGUCCAGUCCAGUAGAUUGCCUCCAAUGGUUCAGUCAGCGUAAUUUGAGCAUCUUGAAACCAGUGGCCACGGGACACCAAGAACUGCUGGACUUCCUUCGACCAAUGCAAACCUUGUUGAAAACAGAAGAGGCUUGUGAAGAGUCUGUUUUGGAGUUACUGCUGAAAAUCUCUUCCCAAUGUGGUGUUGCUUUCCCAACUUCCUGCCCCGCAUCAACCCAAGAACACUCCCCAAUCCCUCCCUUGUCCAUGCCACGUGAUGACCUUGCUCUGGAGGUCCAGGAAAUUUGGGAUGAUAUUCGUUUCUCAUUGCGGAACCACUUACUUGGCAAACUCCAGACGAUGGAUGAACAGGAUCAAACUGAGGGAGGACUGGGUACACAGACCAAUGUUCCUCAGAAGAUUCACUAUCUUCACCAGCUCUUAUUCCUCUACCCUGAAAUAAACGUCCUUAGCUGGUACCAACACCUUCAGAUCAAGGCUGUUCUCAGUGUUCUUCAAAACUGCCAGAGUUGCAGUCCAGGUGGCGAGAAAGGCUUCGACAGACUGACUCUGGGCUUUCAAACUGCUUCACCAAUUCUUUACUCAAUGCUGAGAGAGGAAAUUCAGGUGCUAAAUGGGGUUGCAGAACCACAUGUCAUUCUGUCCUUCCUCAACUGUACCUACCUGAACACAGUGGCGCAGGAACUAGGUGUGCUGAUGGCAAAAGAGAUUGAGACGGCACUGAAAGACAACACCACACACAGCAGCAAAGGAGGCAAGAUGUCCAGCAAGAAGUCUGCAGUGGCUCCUCAGGAUCCUCCCCAAAGAGGUCGAAACUUCUGCCUCACCUCCCAUCAGCUCAGGUGCUUGACCAAGCUGACAUCCACCUUACUGAAGCUGGAGCAAACAGUGGAGGACUUGGCAACUCAUCUGGGUUUUCUUAACUGUGCUGGAGAAUCAGUCAGCAGUUUUAAAGGGGUCCUGAAGAAGGUCAGGGAUGAUAUGGAGGUGACGGCAACAGAAGACAAAGCUGCAGGUGAUCUUGUGUUGCAGAACAAUGAGGUUGUGUGUCUUGAGUUUGGAUGGAGGGCUGCAUUCAGAGACCUCAUUCCUCAGAUGGCGCACUGUGUGAAGGUGGUGCUGGAUGACGUGUGUAAUAAGAACCUGCAGCAGGAGGAAGCUGCGCAUGCAUCAGACUCUGCACACAUCUUCAUUACUCCAGUUACUCACAGGCGCGCUCCAGAGAAAGACUCUCCCAAGAUGGUGACCAAGUUCUGUGCAGAUGUUGUGGAGCAGCUGGAUGCGUUUCUCCCUCUGGCUGUGGCAUUCAGUGAGGACGUCCUGCUGGCCGUGUGCUCCAGCUAUGUAGAGGUGUGUGGCCGUGUGACCUCCUCUCUUCUGGCCAGACUAGAGGAGAGGGCAUGGGAAGUGCCAGCCUCGGCUCCGCUCAAGAACCUGCCCGUUUUAAUGGCCACCAGUGUCUUCAUCCACCAGACACUCAGCUACUAUGAAAGCCAACUCAGAGAUGUCACACGCAUGCCUCUCACCCUACUGCCCGUUCAGAGAAGUCAGGAUGUGAUGGCAGCUCUGCACGAUCACCUCACUAGCUACUGCACCAAUGUGUGUGCCACAAGCAUACUGCAGGAUGCCGAAAGCCACUACUGGAGUGACCCCAACCCUUUUUACGAGGGUGAAAGGUGUUCUUUCUCCAUCCAGAUGUGGCAGUAUUUUCUCAGAGGCCUGCGCAGUGACCUUUGGGGCUCUGUUGGCCCUGUGCAGGCCCGGCAGACCUUGGCCCAGGUGUUGUGCGAGACCCUGGAGCUCUUAGUUCAGAGGUACUCAAGAGCACGACCCUCCUACAAAAGACUCUCCCAGAUCAGGGUUGAUAUCACAGCUCUUCUGCAGUGUGUGGAGCAUCUGAUGUGGAGUGUGUGUGACUCUGCGGAGGAGCUGCUGAGGCCUGAUGGAGCUCCAGGAUCUUGGAUUUAUGCCAUACAGAGCAUGUGUAACCAACUACUGACCGUACUGAUCAUCCUUACAUCACCUCUAGCAGAGCUGCACAGGGUUUUCCAGGCAGGCUGUGGUAGUGGAGGUGAUGGAAGCAAAACUGUAAAGUUUCCAGAGGGAAUGAGCAGCCAGGACACAAAGUGGCUGAGCGUAAUAAACCCCACACUGUUCACACAGGAGCUGCUGAGGGAUUUUUCAUCAUCUGAAGGAUCCUCGUUAUGUCUAUUGGAGUUACUGGUUUGUGGACCCGGCUAUAAUCCAGCUCUACUCCUGCAGACCAUCCUUCACAAGGACUGUUUGCUGCUGCAGAUCAUCAUCUCAUACUCAUGUCUGUGUGUGGAUGGAGAAACUGCGGAGUCUCCUAAUACUCCAAUGGCAGCUGCAGAAGAGUUUUUGGAAGCUGUUUUUGCCAUUCUGUCCUCCCUAAACCACUUCCCCAGGGCUUUAACUCGAGCGCUGGAGGGAUACCUGGACCGCAGGCACCUUUGGGAGCACUUUUACAACCUAGCAGAUACAAGUAAAGAGGAUCCAGCCUUGUUCAAGUACAUCAAAUCUAUUAUUUGCGAAUCCACCUCCAAACUCCAGAUCCAGCUGGUCAGUAUGAUGCAGACAUGCAAAGACCCAUCUGGGCCCUUGGUUCGACAGCAACUACCUGAAAGCAUCCUUGGCAAAAUUCCAAAAGAGUGGAACUACAUUGCACAAGAUCAGAAGUGUGAUGACACAAACAAGAGCAGCAUAAAUCUAGUUAUCCAGGCCCUUUCCUUUAUCUUCACCCACCUUCCAUCAACCGUAGCCUCUCUUCCAUUACCUGUGCGCUUCCUGUUCAUCGUGGCUGAGAAGAGGCUUUCCCAAUAUACCAAACAGCUGAGGUCCACAGGCCUGCUCCUCUGGGUUUUACUGCUGUGCCUCUGUCAGGAUCUGGAGAACGGGGACGCCCUGGAGCAUCGGUCUGGGCAGCCCCUGGAGAGAGGGGCCAAGGAUCGGCUGGGUCUGCUGUCGGAGUGUCUGCAGGUCAGCCUGGGCCAGCAGAAGGGUGUUCCCAAGCCUCUGGUCCAUAAGGUGCUUCAGGGCAUGGAGGAGAAAAGGCCCAAAUGGACCUCAUUGCAGCUGCAGAAAGCACGGAAGCUUUGCUGUGAGAGUGUGUUUGAGCGUGUGGAGAGCGGCUCUGCGCAGGAUAGAGGUGUGCCCGCGGAACUGACUGAGCAUAAAAUAAGGCAGUUGCUGCUGGAGCUGUGCCAUAGAGCAGGUGGCAGCCAGCACCUCCGGCAAAUCCAUCACAGCAUCCAGCUCAAUGAGGAUUUACUGAGGUCUGUCCUAACACCUCAUUCAAAGACAAACGCACCUCCAGAUUCCCCUUUGAGACCUGUGGUAUUCUCCUCUGAAGCAAGUGACCCAAACGCCCACGUAUCCCAGUUCAACCCCCUCAGAGAGUUCAAUUCUAUUGGCCAUAACAAGUUUGAUCAGGCUGCUCUGGGUGAGAGGGAGUGGGAUUGGGCACAACUGCUGCCAGCCUAUCAGAACAUGAGUCAGGUGACCUUCACGACGCUGCUCGCUAACAGGUGGGAGAUGCAGGACGCUGCAGAACUGGAGGAUGAAGAGAAGAUUUUAGUGGAUCAGCUGAAGAAAAUAUACUUUAACAAUAGGCAGGAUGCAUAGCAAACUGACUGUCAACUGGAGCACCAAAUAAUCUGAUUUUGAAGGAAAAGGGACGUACAUUGUAUUUGGUUUUCAGAAAGAGAUUUUUGCACAAACUAUUCCACAACUUUAAUAAAUCUAGGAAUUAGAAGGAAAAUGUUUGCAUAUGCAUAAUGUUAAAAAAGUAAUCACUGAAAUAAAUAUCAUAUAAAAUAGGUAACAAUGUAAUGUAAAUGUCAACUUAUGAUUUCAAUUCUGUUUAGAAUUAUAGUGACAUUUAUAUUUUUGAUUACAUCAUAAAAUAGUCGUGAUGGCAUUGAAGAUGCCAUUCGCUGAAAUGUGUCCCUAUAACACCAAAGGAAUCACAAAACACUGAACUUAAUAAAUUGUUACUUUUAUAUUUCAUAAAUGAAAGUAUAAAACAAUAAAAAAUAAUAAGACACACAUGCACAUAAACAAAACUACCCCAUCAUAAAAUAUCAGUGAGGUAAACAAAUAAUAUUACAUGAUUAUACUGUACAGCAAUGAUUCAGAUCAAGAUCGGGAGUUAUAAAUAAGAAUCAUUCAGAGUUUGAGAAAAGCAUUCUUUCCAGUCAGAAGUUUUCACCUGCAGAAUCAAGCAGGGAAAGCUAUAAACAACUUUAUUAAUUUAUUAUUAAGCAACUUAUAGCCAUAUUUUACAGUAUCCCACACUGUAAAUCACAAUCAAUUUAGAACACACAUUUUUUUCAAAGAUAAAGUCAUAAUUUUAAAUGCUUAUUUUAUAAUACAAAGCAAACAAAAAAAGCUUUUGUUGACGUUUCAUUUCAUUUUCAGAAUAAAUUGAAAUAAUAUGACCACUUUUUGUUGAUGUCUCCUCAACUGAAAACUGUACUCUAUUGAUCUGUUAUACAAAUGACAAUAUACAAGUUAUUAGGAAAUGGAUUUUGGAGCAUUACAUGCUGGAAGGGCUUGGAUGUUGUGUUUUUUUGGAGGGUUUCAGUUAGUCAGUGAAAUAAGAUUAAUGACAAAUUGAUGGUAAAAAUAUGGUUUUCGGAAAGAUAUUCUUGCACAAACUGAUCCAAUAACUUUAUUAAAUCUAAAAAUUAGAAAGAAAAGGGUUUGCUUACUGUAUUUUCAACCUUUGUUGUAUCACAAGUCAAACAGGGACUCACUAAAAUGUAAUGUAAUGUACAUUAUAAAAUAGUCAUUGAAGAUGCUAUCAGCUGAAAUAAGUGUCCUUAGGUGACACCAAAGGAAUCACAAAAAAA